AAGAUAUCCAAAAUGUUCAGACAUUCGAUUGAAACUUGAUGAACUUGACACCUGCUGCGUCUUGAGAGCAUCUAUGGGGCAUCACUGAUAGCUUUUGAACAGAACUGCAGUGCCCUCCCCCUUUCUGAUCGUAUCCUCAGGAUCGUCACACGACACAAAGGACCUCCCUCGGAGACAAGUACCGACUCGCGUGGCCCUUCCAUUGUUUCGAUAGUCCUUUGCAGCGCGCGUUCAGCUACGACAAGGGAAGUCUCGCGACUGUACUCUGUCUGGUGACUGUAGUCAGAUCAAGACACCAUCUAUGAGCCAGAGGGUAUUCAUUUGUACUACGACACUUGCACUUCGACCCUGCCUUGGCCGAGACCACCCAAUUCUCGAACGAUCAUGGCGCCGUAUCUUGGUAAAAAUUACAACCCGCGAUUUGUUCACCCAAGGAGCCAUAGAGCCCGUAUGGAACAACGCAGUAGCUCUGGAGUAUCCAUCGAUAGUCACGACCGACACGACCGACGUAACUCUGUUCCAGCUAAGUAUGAACAUGGAGACCUGAGCGUUUGUCGAUCGCUUAGCUUGGGGCAUGAUGGCCGGCAGCAGAGGAAUAAGCCAUACGACCGCCAGCAACCAGACCCCAGUCAAGCGACACAGAAUCUCAACACUCAUCUGAAGAUCCCAAGCGAUCGCAAAGGAGAUCAAGACCACGCUCAUGGCUUCGCAUCUGGCGAAACGGCCAACCAAGAUCCCUCAAUCGUCGCAAUUCCGAUCCCCUCGGUCGGUGAAACCCAACUCGUAACUGGGAAUCGAAUAUACAAUGAAACUCUCCAGCCCGAACUCAACUCUCUGCAGAAGCUCAGGGAGUUCAAACUACAACUCGAGGCGAGCAGGAGCAUGCUCGAGAAAGGGAUAGACUCAUACGAGCCAAAAUCCCUUGCAGUGAUGGCAGCAACCUUCCUCCAGCGACAGAGCGUCUCCACCACUGUGCCAGCGGACUACUCAUCGGAGGCAGCGGCCGAGGUCGAGGCGGACCUGGAUGCAUCCUCUCAUAUCGAGCAAUCAGGAUCCAUUCUGAGGGAUUCCCAGGAUCUUCGCGUAGAGGUUCUGGGGAGUCCGUCCGAGCCCGGAGAGAUCACGGUGGACAGUGAUUUGUCGGGCCAAGUCGGUGAUCGACAGGUUCAACUCAAGGCCAAGCUACAGAACAGGCGAGGCGUUCCUCAGCAUGAACGAAUCGCUCGGCAAAUUUCGACAGAAAAUGGGAGUUUUGACCAAGCAGUGACAAUUGGGAAGAAACAUGAUGAAUAUGGAUUUUCAAACUUUGCGACAUACAGUAUUCGUGAAACAUCAGAGCAUUCUUCACGCAACUCUUCUGGCCGGACGUUGUCUCUAGAGCAGAGAUUGGAAUUCGCCGACUAUCCAUCCUCACAUAGCCGAAUCGUUGUUUCCCCUGCCAGAUCCACUGUCUAUCAGGAUCCAAGCAGGCAAAAGUCUCGUCCCGAGGCACCUCGCGACAGUCUUUUGAGCAGGAUCGGCGAUGGAUUGGUAUCUCAGCAUCAACAAAAUGCCUUGACUUCGCCAACAAAGCGAGGAUAUGGCGGUCGGCGUGCUGAUGCUCAUCGAAGAAGCUCAUCACCACAGAAGCAACUGUGUGGUCGAAGAUCUGAUCAUGGCGUGCCACAUAGAGACGAUAUACAGAGACCCAAUGCCCAAACGAGGCCUUCUGUUGCGGAUCAAGAGAUUCUGACUACCCUUGCGGGUCUCAAAGCACAAAUUGCCAAAUCGGAGGCACAGCUCUCAACUCCUGCUCAGCUUGCAAGUCCCGUCAGGAUUGUCCAGCCGAAUUGCGUGGCUCGGCCGUACGAUGCCAGACCUCACCCUGCGUCACCGUAUAAGUCGUCGCUUCCACGACAUGAGACCAGCCACGCUGACGAGGUUGGGCAGAGGGAGCAUCAGAUGUACAGCAGCGCGAGAUCUCCCGUCAGACAUUCACCAUAUCCUCUGUCCCCUCGCAGACCAUCGAAUUCAGAUUGGAGGGAUCGGGAUCGACGACCGAGCCCUGACCGCGAGAGUGUACUACCUCCUUGGAAACGCGAUCGAGACGAUACAAUGAGGAGGAGGGAUGACGAUCGACAUGUGGGGUACAAAGUCUUCAGACGAGACUCAGAGUAUUCGUUUGAUCUUGACUAUGGACGUCAAGGAUCUUCAGGGGAUGAC